CUGUAGUGUUUCUGGUUGCUGAAUAGCCUUCGUUGUCAUCUCUGUUCUGGGGGAGCUCUCAUAUGUCCACUUUUCUCCACAGAGCUCUACAACACGAGAUGAACAACCAAACCAUGCUGGUUCCUCUCCAACAGCCCAUUGUCUUUGAAAUCGAGGGCUUUGAUAUUCUUCCAGGCUCCGGGCCUUUCUUCUUCCUCCUGGCUCUGCUAUUCUACAUGCUGGUGCUGCUGGGUAACGGGGUGGUGGUGUGUGUCAUCGUCCUGGACAAGAAGCUGCACAGACCCAUGUUUGUGAUGAUCUGUCACCUGGUGGUGUGUGAUCUGAUGGGAGCCACGGCGGUGCUGCCUCACCUCAUGAUGGACUUUCUGAUGGGUCAGAAGAAGAUCGUUUACCUGGCAGCCAUCAGCCAGGCCUUCUGCGUCCAUGUCUAUGGCGUGGCCAUGCAGACCAUCCUGGGUGCGAUGGCUUAUGACAGGUACGUUGCUGUGUGUGAGCCGCUCAGGUAUCACACCAUCAUGACAUCAGCCCGGCUGCACUUCUGCUGUGCUCUGGCCUGGAUCGUGGCGCUGGUGCUGAUCGCCGUGCUCUUUUCCUUCCAUAUGAACGCCCCUUUGUGUGGUCACAUCAUUCGACAUGUCUACUGCAGCAACAGAGGCAUCCUCAACCUGGCGUGCUCCCCCACCCCAACCAACAACAUCUACGGUCUGUGCAUGACCUGGUCUGUGAGCUCGGUGGUCUUCAUCAUCAUUGCUUUCUCCUACAUCAGAAUCCUGACGGAUUCCUACAAACAGUGCAGAACAGACAGCAAGCGCUCCGUUGGUUCUGCACUGGUGCGCAGCAAAGCCUUCCAGACCUGUGCCCCCCACCUCGUUAUCUACACACUCUUUGAGAUAGCGUCCUUUAUCAUAAUUGUGAGUUACAGGUUCCCCUCUGUCCACCCAAACCUCAUCAAGUUCUUCAGUAUUCUACUUAUUAUCAUACCCCCCGCAAUUAACCCGGUCAUCUACGGACUGGUCAUCAAAGAUCUGCGCACCAGCAUCAUUCCGAUUUUCACCAGAGUCUAA